AUGAACAUGUUGGACGUAGAAGACGACAGCUUUCACUUCACACGUGAAGGCUACUCCCAUCUGAGUGACUCAGAAUGGGAGGUAGUCGGCCGUAUGAGUUUGCUCAUGGGCGAACCCGCCAUCAGUGGUAUGUUGGAGUCUCUAAGCAGAGACCAGCAACAUGCUGCUAUCAACAAGUUCCUGAAAGGGGAACUUGCCGUCGAACGACAGAAGAUAGCCUUGCUACAGCAGCAAGGCUCUCACCAGUCGAUGGGCGGGCCGACGCACAUGCGUCGACCCGAAACCUUGAAGAUUAAUAUCUCAAGGUAUUAG